GGUUAAAACAACGAUGAAUAAUGAUUUGAGCAAGAUAGAGCAAAAAGAGGAAAAAAGAGGUAGAGAAACGAGGUAGAUAUGCAAAGGGCCACGGAAUCUUCUCAAUUGCGGGCCAUGGUUCUUUUAGAAUAACCUUUGAAAGUUUUGGCAUCUCUCGAUACAUGCUCAAUGAUUGUUUGACACUCACCUGAAUACCACACCUAUUCACAUCAAACAACAGCUUCAGCCACAGCCUCAGUAUCAAACUCAACCUUGACGCCCUCACUCUCCCAAAGCACCAAUUGCUUCUUUCUCGUCCUCGUCUGAUCUCCCAAUAUCCAUCAGACUGGGCAUACUGAAACCUUCGCAACGAAAUCGCCAAUUCGGAAUAUAUCCCUAGGUAGUACUAGGUAUUCAGAGCCUCAUACCUUCUCCCCCGGAUUUUCAUGCAAAAGAAUCUAGAAACACACCUUCCAACUGCCUCAGAUCCACUUGUUUGCAAAUAUCUACCUCAUAACUUCUCAUCGUUCUUACUUCCACUAUAUUAAAGAGUUUCUGUCCUCUCUUCCUCAAACAAAAUCAGCAUCCAGUCAACUCAAGUUUCUACUACAAUAAUCCAUUAAUACUUAUUUGCAUCAAACGAUCCGCCGGCGGUUCAUACAACAUCACUCAAUAUCCAUACAUCUACUUUCUCAAUCAAACUUCUACUAUCAGCCAAUCAACCUUCAGCCAAAAUGGAUAUGACAACUUCAGACAUGGAUAUGUCCUCCACCAUGUCCACCAUGUCCAACACAACCACAAUGGAUAUGUCUAUGAUGUCAAUGACCUUCUUCAUCUCUAAGACCACCGCCCUCUACUCUACCAUGUGGACACCAACAACCGAUGCCGGCUAUGCAGGAACCUGUAUCUUCCUCGUUCUCCUCGCUACACUCUUCCGCGGCCUCCUCGCCGUCAAAGCCUGGAAAGAAAGCGCAUGGCUUGCCGAAGAAACCAAUCGUCGCUACGUCACCGUUGCUGGAAAGGGUCCCAAAUCCGAGCGUAUUAGCAUAGAUAGCGAUUCGAAGAAUAUGACACUUAGUGAGAAUGGUGUCGAGGAGAAUGUAAUGGUUGUUAAGACACGUACUAUGGGUGUUAGACCAUGGAGAUUGAGUGUCGACCCUGUAAGAGCGGUUAUGGAUACUAUUAUUGCUGGUGUUGGAUGGUUACUUAUGCUCGCAAUUAUGACUAUGAAUCUCGGAUAUUUCCUAUCUGUCUUGGGCGGUACAUUCCUUGGAAGUUUGGCAUUAGGUCGUUAUGUCAUUGCUUUUGAGCACUAGACAUAUCAAAUAACAAGCAAACAACCUAUAGAUGUACUGCGGCAGGCAAGCAGCUUUAUAGGAUUUAAUUUAAUGAUUAUGAUCAUAGGAUAGGGAUGGAGAAUUGGAGAGGAGUUUACGGUGACAAAGCGCACAUCAUUUCAAUUAUAGAGAUGGUUGAUGUUUUGACUUCUGGGGGAGGAAUUGGGUAUUAUGACUCGUUAAUGAAGCAUGAUUGUUAAAUUACCUGAUCGAUCGAUUACGAUGUGAUAAUUCUUUGUCUGGAUUUGGGAUUUUUGAGAUGGGAGUUGGGGAUUAAAAAGAUGGUAUAAAUAUUGCUUGUUAGCAUGAGCAUUAGCAUCAGCAUAAGCAUGAGCAUAAGCAUGGAAGGGGUACGAUGGGAAGAUAAAGAAGAGAAGAGAGCUCGUGUAGAUUCAUACACAUUAUAUCUAUAUCAAGAAGAAGAAAAACACUUCAAAAUAAGUUCUAUUUCCA